UUUGGCUGUGGGCGGGGUUUCUCAGAAGAAGAGUCGUAGCGAAUGUAAAACGCUCACGCUAGCGUCGACUUCACAGAGCGAGCGAGCUGCUGCCGACAGAAUCUGAACGUUUGUCGAAGCGCUAAGCUGAUUCUCGGUCGCUUCUGCAAAACUACACACUUUCUACUGAACACAGAUGUAUUUCGCGGUCAUAAUGGGUUGUUGAUAGAGAUAUUUGUUGUGUUUUCGUGCCGUUGAGGCUCGUGACCGGAUUUGCCCGUGGAUUUAUCAGCACACUCGGACGGAAUCUAUUUGUGUGAUUUUUCAGCUCACAGACUUACAGUUAUCAGACAUCGGAUGGAUCGGAACAGUGAGGUGCGGGACUGCAUGAAUCUGUCUAUCAGCUGCACGACCGGAACCUGUCUCGAGCUCCCGGUUCCGCUGGAGGAGACCGUGGACGGACUGAAGAGAAGACUGUCCCAAAAACUGCGAGUCCACAGAGACAGACUGAUGCUGCUGCUGCGAGACACGCGGUUGAGCUCCGGAAAACUGCAGGAUUUUGGUGUCCGUGACGGAAGCAGGUUGACGUUGGUUCCCACAGUUGAAACUGGACUGAUGUCGCAGUCAUGGCGGCCGGAGCAAUCGGUCCUGCAGGCAUUAGAGAGUCUAACAGAUGCACAGAUUAGUGAUUUUCUGUCGGGGCGCUCGCCGCUGACCCUCACCCUGCGUGUGGGUGAUCAUAUGAUGUUUGUGCAGCUGCAGUUGUCUGCACAGCAGACAGUGCCGUCCGUCUCCAGGGGUCCUACAGGCACCAACCAGACCCCUAAAGGGAUGGGCACUAAUGAAUCCUUCAGAGGGUUGAGUUCUCCCCAGCGGGACCGGGAAGUCCUUAAGACCACCCCUUCACCUCCCUGCAGCCAAAGUGUUCAUAGCCCCACCCCUGCAACACCCCGCCUUCAGGCUGAGAGCAGUGUUCAAAACUCCAGACAGCAACACAAACCAGGUGCUUUUAUCGAGAGUCUCGUCAACCACGCGCCCGGUGUUUUCUCAGGAACGUUCUCGGGUACUUUACAUCCCAGCUGUCAGGACUGCAGUGGCCAUCCUCGCCGUGACAUCACCACAAUCCUUCAGAUCUUGAACGACCUCUUGAGUGCCACGCGUCACUAUCAGGGCUCCCCUCCGACCCUGGCGCACCUCAGCUGCCGGACACCCUGCCCUCCGGCAUCGCCCCGUUCACCCACACCUACCUCAGAGAAACAGCAGCAGAGCGGGCACCUGCGCAGACCCUCCACUGAAUGCUUGCGGCAGACGGAGAAUAAAGCCACGCGCUGCAAAGUGGAGCAGCUUCAACUGUUACUGCAGCAGAGACGCCUGCGACGGAAGGCAAGGAGAGACCCACGCGGGCCGUACCGCUGGCCGACCGACCGCAAGGCCGCACGUCGUCAUAGCAACAGCAGCCUGUCCAGCGACGGUUCCCUUGACUUGGGCUUCGAGGAGCCCGUCUGGAAACCAGAGGUGCAGACGGACAUGAAUGCCGAGUUUGUCGUGGCCUGAGCGGCGAAGGUGAAAAACGAGGAGCUACGGAAACCAUGCGGCAUUUCCUGGCCGAUGAGAUGAAGGGCUGUCAGUCAUCUGCAGACGAAUCGGUGAAUCGCUGGGACGGACGUUCAGAAUCAUUCACAGCUGUUACUAAAUGCAGUAUGUAGCAUUAUCACAUCAGGUUCAUGUUUUGCACAGAUCGUUUCUCUCGUGAGCAUUAAAUAUUUUUGAUACUCGGUUUGGAGGACAUCACACUGACAGUCAAUUAUUUGGUUGAUCAACAGACAAGCAGAGUUCUUGAGGAAAUCUCACAAACGUCCAGCUCAUUUAAAAAGUUAAUGAAGCAGAUUUGUUGUAAAGAGAUUUAAAGAAGCAAACAAAUUGACUUGAAAAUCUCUCUGGUGUAAUGCACCUGGAUUUGACUUUAUUACUUGUUUGGUGUCAUUUUAUUGUCAUGAAAAUACAAGAAAAUUAUUCCUAUUCUGACAAUUAAAGCUUCAUUUUGUUUUGAAAAAUAUUUCUUAUUUCUUUCAGUGGAUUUUGGGGUAAAAUAUGAGCGAGGCGUUUACUGAAAGUAAUUUUUGCAUAUACAGUUUUGCAUAUUUUAUUGAUAUUUAAAGGGACGGUUAACCCAAAAAAUAUAAAUAUUUCUUUGUUCUGCUGAACACAAAGGAGGAUAUUUUGAGGAUAUGUUUGUAACCAAACCAUUUUUGAGCAGUGUUGAACUCCAUAGUAGUAUUUUUUUUUUAUGGAAGUAAAUGGUGCUUCUGUUUCUUGCGUCAUUACAAAUACCUUCCUUUGUGUUCAACGGUAAUUUAUUGGGGUUUGUAACAACAUGAGCGUGAAUCAAUGAUGACAGAAUUUACAUUUUUGUGUGAACCAUCCCUUUAGGACAAAUGAAACCGAGAUUCCCUCUGCAUUAUGUGCUGUGUGAUUGAUUUAUAAAGUCACUUUUGAAAUGUGUCCACAUUUAUUCUGCCGAGACAGAAACCCGGACCACCACGAGAGGCUUUCUUUAGCCGGUUGUGAUCACAUGAUCGGCAUCAGUCGUGAUGCUUCUCGCAUGAAUGGAUUUGAUUUUCGAGUCUGACCAAAGCGAGCAUAUCUGAACUUAUGUCCGCUGUUUGACUUUACAUUUGAUUAGUGUUAUAACCUAUUACUUGAUCCUUCUGAUGUCCAGUGUGGACGGCGAUCGGCACCCUGGACUCACUGUGUUUCUACAGUGGCCUUAUCUCUCUUAAAAGACUAGAAAUGCAAACCGUUUGGAUCAAGGAGUCCAAACUGCAUCUGAGCAUUUGUUUCCUGUUUCCUUUUUGAACAUUACUGUUUUUUACAGACAUGACACGCUUGACAUUCUUGUUAUCACUGUAAUUGACACAUUCAUGUAUAAGCUGUUUAAACCCACUCACUCGUUCACAAAUUUCUUGUCGUUCACUAGCUGUAGAAAGUGAGCGGGCAUCACUGUAGUCACCACUGGUUGCUUUCUGAUGGAAAUGUGGAAUUACAAAAUCACAACUUUCUGAAAAUCCAUUACGUGAAGUUUUUUUUUUUUUUAAACCUUUGCUCCUUCAUUUCGAAUCGACAGCAAAGACAUUGUUGAUGGUUUGCCUGCGGUAAUGAUGUUUGAUGGUCUCGUCCUGUCUUUAUUUCCUCAUAGGUUUACAUCAUUGGAGUAUUUAAAUAAGAGAGUAAAGAAGAGUUCAGAUGCAAAACCCUUUAAACAUUUUAAAUUUGCCUUUUUUUCAGGCUCUCAUGUUAGACUCAGUAAUUUUACUUAAAGGCGAAUGAAAUGGUUAUUAGUAAGUAACUGAAAUUGUUACAAGAGUCACUUUAGUCAUUUCAUGGGUAUUUAACAAAUUUAACUGUGUUUCGCAGCAAAACCCUCUAAGUGCUUUUUGGUAAAAAUCUUCACUUCUAUAAAAGUAUAUUCAGUAAACCUCCUUUAUCUGACAUACAUCGUUUUUUGUGCCCUUAGAGGACUAUAUUUCAUGAACGCAUAAUACAUGCCGAGAGCAUUCUGUCAAUAUCAUAUUAUUUUCGACGGAUGAGGCGUUUAGUGGCUUUUGCAUCUGAGCUCUUCAAAUAAAGCUUGAAUCGUUCUGUUCAUGAGACUUUUAUAAUUUGUCACCUUUUAGACCCUUAACUUAUUUCUGCAUUUGUGCUGUGUUUGUAAAGACGAUCACAUGGUUAGCAGAUGAGUUGUGAUGUCAUUAUUUCCUAUUGUGUCAUCUGUAACGCUGGUUUAAGAUCUAUGUAGCACAUUUAUUCAACUGUACUGGUUCAUUUUUAAAACUGUGAAAGAUACUGAGCUUUGUGUUUGCUUGUUUUUUUUUCUUGUAUUCUGUGUUUUGUCAAAAAAUAAGUACAAUUUGUUUUUAAUAAGCAAUAAUUCGUAUCCUUUUAUCAGUUAAUAAAUUAAAUAUUGUGA